AUGGAUGACAAGGAAGAAGACAUAGGGCAGCGUGAAGUUGUACUCCCAGAUGGACAUGGCCGUGAGCCUUCUCUGACGACUCAGGCUACCAAUGAGGCAAUAGCACUGGAUGUGCUCUCUGUUCUCCGGCAGAUUGAGUCGAAGAUCGAUGCGGAAGUCCUCGCUAGAGCCGAAUUAGCUUCGCGAGUAGAUGAGGUCGCAGCGUCCCUACUAUUGGUUAAGGAGGCAGUCACCAAGCAGCAAGAGACUUCCAAGGAGAUGACUCAAGCCAUCGCAAUAUCGGCCCGACGCCUACAUAAUAUCGGGAGCUCCCUGCGAGCAAACCAGGCCGUCUUGGACCACCGACUAUGCGUGUUCAAUCGUUUAUUGAAUCAUACGCUCCUCUCAAGGGUUGAUUGCGAGACGGAACUCCUGAUGAAACUCCGGGGCGUGUGGCAAGCCAUCAUAUCCGCAGGCAGCAACAUUCAGGCCGACGGGACUGCGACCUGCGUCACUGUCCAGCGGCACCUGAAUGACUUCUACUCUCGGGUGCUCGAUGGAAUCCCUCCAGCCAAUUACCCGAUGAUGAUCAACCGUGUCAUUUUGGUACUCAUGAUGGCGCUGCUAGCAACGGCGUUUGGGUUUCAUCUUAUAUUUGUCUACGCCUCCGUCGGGUUCGCCCUCGGGAGUUUGCCCUUUCUGCAUGUAAUCGACUGA